AUGACACGGGCAUUUUCCUUUGAUCUGUGCUCUCUGGGGGCUGCUGAGAACAGUCCGUCUGAGAAAGUGAGCAAGGGCACGGAUGUCAUUCCCUUGCUGACCUCUGUGCUGAAAGACCCCGAAUGCUUCAGUGACCCCGAGAACUUCAACCCAGCCCACUUCUUGGAUGAAGAGGGUCGCUUUAAGAAGAAUGAUGCCUUCAUGCCCUUCUCCACAGGGAAAAGGAUCUGUGCCGGGGAAAGCCUAGCGCGCAUGGAGCUCUUUGUCUUCCUGACUUCCAUCCUGCAACAUUUCAGGCUCAAGUCCCCCGACAACCCCGAGGACAUCGACCUCACAGCCACAGCAAACGGUUUUGCAAACAUCCCACCCGCCUACCAGCUCUGCACUGUUCCGCGCUGAGGAACGAUUGGUUGAGAAGCGGGGCAGGGAAAGGGGCAACAAAUUUAAUUGGGUGGGGGUUUGGGGGGACACUAAACAUUA